AUGUUUUCUUUAAUCCACUCCUUUCAAAUAUUUUUCUUAUUUUUUUCUUUCUUUUGUCUUCUUUCUUUUGUCUUCUUUCUUUUGUCUUCUUUCUUUUGUCUUCUUUCUUUUGUCUUCUUUCUUUUGUCUUCUUUCUUUUGUCUUCUUUCUUUUGUCUUCUUUCUUUUGUCUUCUUUGUCUUCUUUUGCUUUUGUCUUUUUUGUCUUCUUUCUUUUGUCUUCUUUCUUUUGUCUUCUUUCUUUUGUCUCCAUCUACUGUAUUGUUACUUUCUGUUCAAUACUUAAAAAAGAUGAAUCUCUCUCAUUUUUCUUUGCCCCCUCUCUCAAUUGGGCGCGUGCUUCCCACCACAUGUCACUCAGGAGAGCCCUAGGACGAAUCGGCAGCUUUCGUGAAAAGACCAAAAUCCAAACUGGGAGUUUGGAAUCCAGUCGAACACUUCGCCAGAAUGGCAGCUUAGAUCCAAAGGGAGACUUUGUCAAUACCUCAGUGCAAGGCUUACACAAGGUUUCUUUAUACAUACUUGGGGAGAAGGCACAGAUGAAGGGGAUCAAAGUGGACUCCUUUCGCAAUUGUGACUUCAUCCCAGUGGAUUUCUUUGAAGUCCGACAUAUCAAAGCAAGUUUCAAGAAGCUGAUGAGGGCCUGUGUUCCAAGUGCCCCUCCGUCCAGUGCUGAACACAGUCUGUACAAGGGUGUCGAAGAUUCUGAAUGGCUUUUACAGGUCCAGAAUGUGAUGCAGCUGGCUGGAGCUGUUGUGGAUUUACUUGAUGUUCAAGGUUCAUCCGUCAUGAUUUGUCUUGAAGAUGGAUGGGAUGUCACAACCCAGGUGGUGAGUGUGGCCCAGAUUUUAUUGGACCCUUACUACCGCACAAUGGAAGGUUUUAAGGCGCUUGUUGAAAAAGAAUGGUUGUCUUGUGGACAUAGAUUCACACACAGAAGCAACCAGACAGCUGCUAAUCAGGCCAGUGGCUUUGCGGCCAUCUUUUUGCAAUUUUUGGACAUUGUACACCAGAUUCAUCGCCAAUUUCCAUUGUCUUUUGAGUACAACCAAUACUUUCUGAAGUUCCUGGCUUAUCAUUACGUCUCCAAUCGAUUCCGAACUUUUAUGAUGGAUACCGAAUUUGAGCGCAUGGAAGCUGGAUGGCUGCUUGAGGAAAAGAAGGUUCCCAAACUUGACAGUGCUGAAGAGGAAGCAGGAUUUUCUCCAAAACAUUCAUCUACUCCUGCCAUUGGCCUUUCCAUCUGGGAUUACAUUGAAAAGCAUCAUCGACGUUCAACCAUUUUCUUCAAUUUUAUGUACAGCCCUUCUGAUCAUGAUGUGGUCUUGCGACCUUAUUCCAAUUUGUCUCACUUGGUCAUCUGGAAUUAUUUUCUGAACGAAGAUCUUGCCCAUGGCCCAUCUUAUGAUAUUGAGAUCAUGGGUAAAGAAAUGAGGCUCAGUGACCAUGAACAAGAUGCUGAUGGUAUUCCUGUUCAACGACGUAAGAUCAUCAAUGGUUGUUAUGACAACAUAUUAGUCCAGGAACCAAACUUCUUUGCUUGGGAAUUCUCUGAGAUCCAUCGACUGGAAACUGAACUUGGCCACCUUCCACAAAAGUGGAAAGUGCUUUGGGACAAACUUGAACAGCCGAACAAGGUGACCCUCCAUCGGCAAAUGUCUUUCAACACUCAGCUGGUGAGAUCCCAUGGACGUUCCAUCCACAAACGCUCAACUCUUGAGAUCUUACUUAAGGGCAAGAUGCUCGGGGAGGCUGCCCGGAUGUUUAGCUCUCCACAUAGAUUUGAAAAACAGUCAUAUACAACCCCAGCUUAUUGUGAUUACUGCUCCCAUGUCUUGUGGGGACUUGUCAAGACUGGAGAUGGCAAUGCUCUCUUUCCAGGUAUGCACUGCGUCAACUGCGGCUACAACUGCCAUGAGAAAUGCAUGCCACAUGUACCCAAGAACUGUACACGAUUGAAACCUGUCUCCGAUACGAGUGCCAGCAGCUCCAGCAUUUCAAAGACAGGAGGAUCAGAAGCCAGUUCCAUUUCUGGAGGCACUGGUAGCAGCCAAAUUUAUGACCAUUUCUCUGGUGAACAUCGUACUCAUGAAGGAUAUCUUUAUAAAAGAGGUGCCCUGUUGAAAGGUUGGAAACAGCGCUGGUUUGUGCUGGAUUCAAUGAAACAUCAGUUACGCUAUUAUGAUGCAAUGGAAGAUUCCAAUUGUAAAGGCUUCAUUGAUUUAGCCGAGGUGGUUUCAGUGCAACCAAUCAAGAAUGUGCAAGGAGCACCAAAGAAGUCUGAUGAAAAUGCAUUCUUUGAGUUACGUACAUUACGGAGAGUCUACAACUUCCUGGAUCCGGAUGCCAAGUCUGCACAAGAAUGGAUUGACAAAAUCCAGAGCUGCAUUCAAUAA